ACCAACGAAUUUAUGCGAACUAGGUUUUUUUUUUUAUGUAAUUAUACUUUUGUUUGGGGUAGUAAACCAUGCAAUUCAUUAUUUAAUUGAAUAGUGGCGUUUCUAGAAGUGUAAAAUGUCUAAAGUGAAAAACACGGAGGGUGUUAAAGCCGGCGUUAUUCAUAGAAUAGCACUUCGAAACUUUGUGACAUACAAGAGUGUUGAGCUUUAUCCUAAUCAGUCAUUGAACCUGAUAAUAGGACCCAAUGGCACUGGGAAGUCUACGUUUGUAUGUGCUAUCAUUCUCGGGCUGUGUGGAAAGACAAGUGUCAUCGGAAGGGCCAAAAAAAUAUCAGAAUAUGUUAGAAGCGGAUGUGAGGAGGCCACCAUAGAGAUAGAGUUGUACCAGCAGGAUGGCAGGCAGAAUGUGAUCAUAACGAGGACCUUCACACUGGCAGGCACCAGCACCUGGUGUAUAGACCAUAAGACGGUCAAGGAGAAGCAAGUGCAAGAACUUAUAGCAUCGCUUAAUAUUCAGGUAGACAAUCUCUGCCAGCUCCUUCCACAAGACCGUGUCCAAGACUUCUCGAACAUGGACCCACAAGAGUUACUGCGUAGUACACUGAAGGCAGUCGGGGGUCAGAGAAGCGUGAGUCAGUUGGACGAGCUGAUUGAGAGCCGGACACAACAGCGGGGACUGUCCACCAAGCUGCAGAAUAAUGCUCAGCUCAUGCAGGAACAGAUACGGUUGAAUGAGAGAUUAAAAGUCCAAAUCGACGCAAUGAAGCAGCGUCAAGACUUGGAAAAGCAAAUAGACAUUUGUGAGAAGAAGAAACUGUGGCUUGAAUACCAAGAACUGAGAGAGAAGUUUGUAGAGUACUCAAAUGAUAAGAAGGAAGCGGAAAAGAUUGUCAGAACACAUAACAGUAAGGUGGAGCCGUUGAAGGCAGUUAUAGAGAAAGUCAAAGCUGAGAUCAGUGUGCUUGAGCAACAGAAGUUGGCAGCGAAUAGAAAAGUAUAUGCUCUAAAAGACCAAGCUAACGAAUCGCUGAACUCUAUUCGGACUUUCGAGUUCAAGCUGAAAGAGAUAGAGGGCGCCUUCCAAGACAAGUUAGAGAGACACCGGAAUAGAGAGAGAGAGUUGCAGGAGGCUAAAGCUAAACUGGAGAAGUUGGUCAUGGAUAAGACUAAGUUAGUGGAGAAAGUUGGAGAUGACGAAAAAGUUAAAAUGGAGCUAGCAGAACUACACAAGCCUAUAAUGAAAACGAAUGCUGCGAUCGACAAUUUAAAGAAACAAAAACUAGAAGUACAAUACGACUUAGAGAACAAUGUGACGCCGCAAAUACGUCAGUAUCAAAAUAGGAUACGUAAACUAGAAGAUGAAGACGUCAAGCGUCUAGAAGUGCUGCGCGCUUACAGCGAGGACUGUUACAAGGCGGUGUUGUGGCUUCGGGAGAACAAGGAGCUGUUCAAGAGCCCAGUGUACGAGCCUAUGAUGUUGGAAAUAAAAUUCACCGACCCAAAGUUCGCUCGCUACUUAGAAUCGACAGUCGCCGGCCGUGACCUGGUCGCCUUCACCUUCGAGUCCACUCGAGACAUGAACCUCUUCAGGCAGAAGGUUCGAGAACAAGGACUCAACAGGGUCAACGCGAUCUGCAGCCAGGGAGGGCCUGUGGAACGACCGAGCACUGAUAUACAGCAAUUGAGUUACCUAGGUUUCCACACGUACAUAGUAGACACGCUCCUCGCUCCGGCCGCGAUCGUCCGCUACCUGUGUCGCCAGUACGGCGUGCAUCGGAUACCCAUCGGCAACGACCACACCUACAAGAACAGUGAUAAAGUACCCGCGAAUAUUACUUACUUCUUUACAGAAAACCACAGAUUCACAGUUCGCGUGUCUGCAUACAGUGGGGAAAAGUCAAGUUCUACAAACGAAAUCCGACAAGCAAAACUAUUGGCAAAAUCUGUCGACGCUGAACAAGUCAACAAUUAUAUGAAACAAUUAUCAGCCUUUGAGAAAACAGCUCAAGGUCACAGAACUAAGAUGCAAGAAUUGGAUCAAAAGCUAACCAUUUUAGAAAGUAAUUUGAAUGAACUUAAUAUGCGGAGAAAGGCUAUUAAUGAAGGUGUUGAAAAAGUGCGAACGAUACUAGCCCAAAUCCGUCUACAAAAGAAGAAGGUCCAGGACAUAGAAACGGAACCGUCGUUUGACAUCCAGAAAGAGAAAGAACGGACAAGAAGUAAACAGAAGGAGUGCGUAUUGAAGCAGACUAGGCUUCAUAGCGAGUUGAAAGAGAUCGUUGGGAAUCUGCAUAGAGAUAUGGCUAAAGGUGAUCUUUGGAAGACGAAGUUAGACAUCCAUAGGAACUCAAUAGUGUCACAAGAAACUGAACUGAGAGAAUUGAACAACGAGCUAAGAAAUGUACAGGCAACCCUAGAAAACAUAGACACGAUGCUGAAACGUGUCAAAACGAAUGCCAAAGAGAAACUUCUAGAAGCUAAGAAGAGUUGCAAAAACAAACUGCCUCAGGACGCCGACUUCCCUUAUCGAGAGGACUUUGAUGUGAUACCCUCAGAUAUGAACAGGCUGCAGGAGUACUGCUUUGAGUUGCAGACGAGGAGGGAUUGUAUGCAGCAGGGUGAUGAAAAGGUGAUAAGAGAAUACGAAGAUAGAGAAAAACUAAUAGAAAGAUUGAAAUCUGACGUCAACUGUUCCAGUGAUCUGAGUAAAACUAUAGAGAAGAAAAUGUUGGCUAUAAGAUCAAAAUGGCUGCCACCGUUAGAGAAGUUACUUCGAGAGAUCGAUAAGAGUUUCGGCGAUAUGUUCUCUAAGUUAGGGUGCGCCGGCGAGAUCAAACUGGAUAAAGGUAGCAGUGAGGACGACUACGACAAGUACGGCAUCAGCAUCCUGGUCCGCUUCCGCGAGUCGGAGCAGCUGCAGCAGCUGACGCGGCACGCGCAGUCGGGCGGCGAGCGCGCGCUGGCCACCGCGCUCUACCUGCUGGCGCUGCAGCGGCUCACCACCGUGCCCUUCAGAUGUGUGGAUGAGAUAAACCAAGGCAUGGACCCUAUAAACGAACGGAAGAUGUUCGAGCUACUCGUCAAAGUGACCACGGAAUGUGAUAACGCACAGUAUUUCUUAUUGACGCCUAAGCUACUCUCAAACCUGAGUUACAACGACAAAAUAAUGGUUCACACCAUCAUGAACGGUCAGAAAAUCAUGAAAUAUAACAAAUGGGACCUCGACGCGUUUAUACAGAAAGCAGAGAACUUUACUAUGACGUGAUAUUAACAACUUGUAUAUAGCUAUAGCACCUACGUAUAAUGUUUAUGGUACGUUUUGUUUGUUUUCUACGUUGAAAUAGGGUAAAUGACAAAAAAUAUUUGUCAAAAAAAUCUGUUUAAUCCAUCAGAUACAUUUCCAAGAAAUAUUGGAUACGAUUUUUUUUGGUUCAUCCCGUAAACUAAAAAAUGAGAUACGGUGAUUUAAUAUCUCGUGUGACGUCACUUACUAGUACGCUUUUUAAUGGCAAGUGAUGUUUCUAACUCCAACAACCAUACAUUUCAUCAUCUUUACUUUUUGAUGAUGUAAUAAAAUGAAAAAUAAGUAUUCAAUAUUUUUUGGAAAUCUGUCGGACAGAUAUAACAGAUUUCUAUUAUAAGAUUUUGUUAAGUACGUCUGUUGUCCUACCUAUAUAGUUUUAUAUAACUUUCUUAAGGUAGAUUUGUUAUUAUAUUUAUUAAAUGUAACAGUCUCAGUUUUGGUUCUAUUUUGGAGCCAAACUGGUCCUUAAUCUUGAGCUGUGCGUCAUUUUCGAUCGUUUGUUCUAUAUACGGGUGUAAUUUAUCUAUAGUCCGUGUGCAUUUAAAAGUAUAUAAGUUAUAUGUUUAUCAGUUGUCUAGUACUCAUAGUACAAGCUUUGUUUAAUUUCAGGCUGGAUGGCGUUGUGUGAGUUGUUGAAUACUACAGAUUUUAUAAUUAUCUACUAAAGUAUAAGGUCUAUGUAAAUUUGUCGCGGCAUUAGUAAUUUCAUAACUUAAAGAGUCACUGUCUAUGAGGUUACAUUCUUACCAUGAACUUUGUUUGAUGAUGGACUCUGAAAUUGAUAAUGGAAGAUGUGAAACUUCUUAUUGUUUAAAUGAGUUCCAAUGACACGCAUUCACUUUCGCUGUGUCUCCUCACCCACCCCUUUUUUGGUAACGCGGGGUAAUCCUCAUGGACAGCCAAUCUCUCGGUGGAGGAAAUGGGUAGUGUCACUCUUACUGACUAAGCCUGAACCGCCGUGCAACGUCAUCCGCGUUUUGAUGUCUGUGUAUGGCAAUGCGUUCUUCGGUGUACGGCUUCCACUGCCCAGUAGUGCGGGCCGGUGGGUCACUUUCUCGUGUUGUGUGGAGGCCGACGUGUAAAGAGCGUAGGCCUCCUCGCCUCAUAUUGGGACCACAUCCAUAGCACCGAAUGUAGCCCGAUCUCCCCUGCCUGCCUUGAAAGUUUCACGAAACCGUGCUUUCAUAACCCCUCCAUGGUCGCGUUUAACGUUUCAAAACCUUGUUGGAAGUCGCGUAUGAAGUUUCACUCCAAUAACACAAUCCUACCGAGUUGAACACCACUGCUGUUCUUUAUGAAUACCGUAUAACUUACCAUCACAGAUUAUACAAUUACUUUCGUAUACAUGGAAACCAGUCACACCAUAUCAUCAUCUUAGCCUUUUCCCAACUAUGUUGGGGUCGGCUUCCAGUCUAACCGGAUUCAGCUAAGUACCAGUGUUUUA